AUCUCCAUUUCUAUUACCUGUGUGUGUGUUUCUCUUUCUCUCUUUUGUUUUUUUUUCUAUUACUCUUUCUUUUUCCCCUUUCCCUUUUAUUCUCUUCUUCUUCUUAUUCUUUUUCUCUUUUCUCCUAAACACUUGUAAGAAGAAACAAAAUGGACUAUAUUGGUAAAUUUAUUUCGAAUUUUAAAGGAUUUUACAACGAAAUUAAUCCUGCUACUCUAACUGGUGCCAUCGAUGUGAUUAUUGUUGAAAAUUUGGACGGUUCAUAUUCUUGUUCACCAUUUCAUGUGAGAUUUGGUAAAAUGGGUGUUCUGCGUAGUAGGAAAAAGAAUGUUGAUAUUGAAAUAAAUGGUAAACCUGUUGAUAUCCAGAUGAAACUUGGUGACUCUGGGGACGCUUUUUUUGUCGCAGACGAGGAUAGAGAUGAAUUUGAUGAUGAAGAAGAUAGUAUUGUAGUUAGUAACAGUUCAGUUGAUAGUUUAGUUGAUAAUUUAGUUGGACUAGUUGUUAGCGAGACAAAUAAUGAAGAUAAUGGUAAUAUUACCAAAGAAAAUGUCCCUGUGAAUGAUGGUGAUGAUAAAAUCACCAUUCAAGUAAAUCAAGUUAUCGAUGGUUUCAAUGAGAAAGAUAAUAUCAAUCUUAAUGAACAACUUGUUAUUGAACAACUUAUUAAUGAACAACAGCAACAACAACAACAACAACUGGUCAAUGAACAACAACAACAACUAGUUAAUGAACAACCAGAAUUACCAAAAGCGCAAUCACAACUAGUUAAUGAACAACAAGAAAUUGUAAAUGAGCAACAAUUAGUCAAUAAUAACGCCGAGAUAAUUGUAAACAAUAAUACUGGUGAUAUUGGCUGUGUAGAAUUUGAAAAUGAAUCAAUUCUCUCAAGUGAAGGUGAAAAUUUUCUUUCCGGAGGGGAAGAGGAUGAUCGUCAAAGAAGAAAUUCCCGUCGAAGGUUUCACCGUAAAAACAGUGCAACCCAAUACACUAAAGUGCUUCAAAUGACCUCCCAACAAAUCGCUUCAUUGGACCUUCGAAAAGGACGAAACGAAGCCAUUUUCUCAGUUACAACUGCCUACCAGGGAACCGCCAGAUGUGAAUGUUCAAUUUACCUUUGGAAUCAUGAUGAUAAAAUUGUUGUCUCCGAUAUUGAUGGUACAAUUACUAGAUCAGAUAUUUUAGGUCAUAUAUUACCCGUUAUUGGUAAAGACUGGGCUCAAUCGGGAGUCGCAAAUUUAUUUAACAAAAUAGUCGACAAUGGAUAUAAAAUAUUAUACCUUUCAGCUCGAGCCAUUGGACAAGCUAAAAUAACUCGAGAAUAUUUAAAAUCGGUUCGUCAAGGUGACUUUUACCUUCCCGAUGGGCCAUUACUACUUUCACCUACUUCCCUCAUCUCAGCACUUCGUAGAGAGGUAAUCGAGAAGAAACCUGAAGAGUUCAAGAUUAAAUGUUUGGAAGAUAUUCAAGUUUUAUUUCCAACUAAUCCUUUUUACGCUGGAUUUGGAAAUAAAAUUAAUGAUACUUGGGCUUAUCGUGCAAUAAACAUUCCCUCAUUUCGGAUAUUUACAAUUAACCAUUUAGGUGAAGUUAAAUUGGUUCCUUUAUAUAGUUGGAACUCAUCAUACACUAAGUUAAGUGAUCUAGUUGAUCAAAUGUUCCCUCCUUUACAAUCAUCCCAAGAUAAUAAAAACGGUGAUUUCCUAUCGGAAUAUAGUUCAUUUAAUUACUGGCGUGAUCCUUUGGACUGUCCAUUUCCAGAGAAUGAUUAAUUAAAUGAAUAACCUGAAACUGUGUAUUUAUAUCAAGUGAAAAUGAAGAGAAGGAUAAAAAAGUUAACUGGAUUUAAAGUAAUCGUAACAGGAAAAGCAAAUUACAUAACAACAAUUGAAACUAUUGUCCAGUCAAAACUUGCAAUCACCUCGGAGGUCAGUCAUGUGUUAUAACCUAUGGAAGGGACAACAACAACAACCAUCAAUAAUUAAAUCAACAAAGCAAUCAACAAACAACAACAAAAGCAAAAUAUUUGUGAUAACUUAAGGAAGAAAACAAAAAAUAUUCAUUAUUAAAUAUUAUUAAUCAUAUUUUUUUAUUAAAAUAAUCGAAUGAUAAAAAAAGGUUAUUAUUAAUUGUUCAAACAAAAAUCAUACUAAAAGACUCAAUUUACAAAGAAAAAAACAAAUCAACAAUUUAAAUCAAAGUUAAAUCAUCUCAAUUAAUCCAAGUCAAAUCCAUUGAGAGAUUUUAAAUCAUCAAAUCAACCAAAUGCAUCCCAAAUAAAUCAAUAACAAUGAAA